UUUUUGAUUGACUGCAAGUUAUCGCAAUCGCGUGGGGAAGGGAAACAGCUCCCCAAGAUCCCAGAGAAAAUCAGUGGAACCAAGAAAUGGCCCAAUUCGAGAAGGAGAUCGUGCAGGCGGUUCUGAUAGCCGACAACAAUGUGUGGAACUUCAAGCCCCUCUCCGACGAGGGCUCCACGGCUCUGCUGCCGCUGGUCAACGUGAAGAUGCUGGACUACGCACUCAUCGCCCUCAAUCGCAGCGGCGUGGAGGAGGUGUUCGUCUACGCCAGCCUGUACCUGCAGGACAUCCGGGACCACAUCAAGGCCGGCAUUGCCACGUACGCCUCCUGGUCCUUCAAGAUGACCGUCCAUGUGAUCGGCGGCGAGGGCUGUCGCUGCUUCGGCGACGCCAUGCGAGAUCUGGACGCCAAGGCGCUGAUCCGCGGCAACUUCAUUCUCCUGGGCGCCGACACGGUGACGAAUGCCGAUCUGCGUCCGGUGCUGGAGCAGCACAAGCGGCAGGCCAAGUUCGACAAGGGCACCGCCGCCACGCUGGUGUUCAAGGAGUGCUCCAACAAUGUGCGCCUCGGCAACGAGCUCCUGAUAGCCGUGGACCGGCGCAACGACCGGCUGCACUACCACCAGCGGCUGCGGACGUACCAGAAGGAGUCGCGCUACCAAAUACCCUUAGACGUCAUCCUGGGCAACUCAUGUGUGGCAUUGCAUCACAAGCUUCUCGAUCCCCAGAUUGCCAUUGGCUCUCCAUCCAUGUUGUCCCUGUUCAGCGACAACUUUGAUUUCCAGACGCGGGAUGACUUCGUGAGGGGCCUGCUGAUCAACGAGGAGCUGCUGGACAGCCGGAUAUAUGUGGCUCUGCUGCCGGCCGCCCAGUACGCACACAAGGUAAACAGCUGGCCGGCCUACCAGCUGGUCAGCCGGGACAUUAUCAACCGGUGGGCCUACCCGCUCGUUCCGGAAAUGGGCGUAUACAAGCUGCAGCAGCAGUACGUCUUCCACAAGGACAACAUCUACAAGAGCCACGAGGCGCAGGUCUCGAAGGUGGCGCUGCACCAGAACGUGGUCAUCCAGGAGGGCAGUCAUGUGGAUAGCGGGUCGGUAAUCAGCGACAGCGUGAUCGGAGCCAACUGUCGGAUUGGCAAGAACUGUCGGCUGACCAAUGUGUUUCUAAUGGCCGACGUCACCGUUAAGGACAACUGCCGGCUGGAGCACUGCGUGGUGGGUGCGGGAGCCAUCAUCAACGAGGAAUGCGACGUGAGCGCGGGCUGUGUGCUGGGGGCGAAGAGCGUGCUGCCUGCCAAGACAACGUUGGCCAAGACCCUCAUCACCAGCACGCCCAGCACACAGCGCAGUGAGGAGGACGUUGCGGUGGAACUGGAGUCGAUUGGUCCGCACGCCUUCAUUGUAAGCGAUUUGACCACUGGUGAUCCGGAGGACUCCGAUGGCGAGGACUUCUUGCCACAGCAACCGCUCACCAUACCCAAAAUGGGGGACCUCCUGGCACCACUGGACGAGAUCAGCGACUGCAGCGACCUUAGCGACGACGAGGAUGCCUCGCGAGCGGUGACGCCUCUGCCUGAUGACACAAAUAUUUUCCUGGACGAGGUAAUCGAUUCGCUGACGCGGGGCUUUCGGGAAAAGUCCAAUCCUGACUUCCUUAUUCUCGAAAUCAACUCCUCGCGCUACGCGUACAACAUGUCCCUCAAGGAGGUGAACUUUAAUGUGGUGAAGGCUGUAUUUGGCAUGCAGAGCAUCGUGGAACCGGCGAACAACAACGUAUUGGUGGCCAUAAAUGCAGCCUUCAAGCAACUGGGACCUGUGGUAUCCAACUACAUUAAAAGCGAGGAUGCCAUGCUGGAUUGCCUCAAGGCGCUAGAGGAUGUGUACGAAGAGAAUCCUCUGGUGCGGGAGAAGAUAUCGCAGAUUGUCCACUACCUGUACGACAAGGACUUUGUGUCGGAGGAUGCCAUCCAGGCCUGGUUCGAACAGUUGGACGAGGAGGAGCAUGCACAUCUGCGGCAGAGCCUGGCGAAGCUCGUGGCCUGGUUGGAUCAGUCCAGUGAGGAGGAAGACGACGACGACGACGAGGAGGAGGACGACUAAGCAAGGACCUGGCCGUAAUUUACCUUUUUUUAAGCCCUUCCUCUUGUAAUCUUGAAAGCCUGAGACCAUGAAAUGGUUCACCCAAGAAAUGAUUAAAUAAAAAUAAGAAUCCGAUACCUUU